GCCAGUCGCCUCCGCUUUCGGCGAGAGCGCGGGGGAGAGUCGGAAGACGUCUGGACCUCCCAGGCAUUUCCCCUCCGAUCAGUAGGCGGCCAGAUGCAAUAUUGGCCGUUCUCUGCCUCUGACCUUUACAACUGGAAAACUCAUAACCCCUCCUUCUCCCAAGACCCCCAGGCGCUAACCGGAUUAAUUGAGUCAAUUCUGUUGACCCACCAGCCGACCUGGGAUGACUGCCAACAGCUCCUGCAGACUCUCCUCACCACGGAGGAGAGACAGCGCGUGUACCUCAAAGCUCGCAAAAACGUCCCGGGGGCGGAUGGGAGGCCGACCCAGCUGCCUAAUGAGAUUGAGGAUGUUUUCCCCUUGGUUCGCCCGACCUGGGACUACGACACUGUUGCUGGUAGGGAGCGGCUCCGUCUCUAUCGCCAGGUACUCCUAGCGGGUCUCAAAGGGGCAGGGCGUCGCCCCACCAAUUUGGCAAAGGUACGUGCUAUAGUGCAGGGAAAAGAUGAGACGCCGGCAGGUUUUCUGGAGAGGUUAAUAGAAGGCUACCGCAUGUAUACUCCCUUUGACCCCUUGGCUGAAGACCGCCAACCAGAUGUAAUUAUGUCCUUCAUUGGACAGUCGGCCUCGGAUAUUCGUAAUAAGUUACAACGGUUGGAGGGACUUCAGGGGUACACCUUACAGGACUUAGUGAAAGAGGCAGAGAAGGUUUUUAACAAGCGAGAAACUCUAGAGGAAAGGGAGGAAAGGAUCCGUAAAGAGCAAGAGGAACGGGAGGAUAAGAGAGAUAAAAGACGUAAUAAAGAGCUGACUAGGAUACUGGCCACCGUAGUACAGGGCUCAGGGCAGAGUAAGUCAGGACAGAGUAGGGACCUGGGAGACAAAAGAGGACUACGGGUUGAACGAGACCAGUGUGCCUACUGCAAGGAAAAAGGACAUUGGGUUAAAGAUUGCCCAAGGAAGGGCCAAACGCAGGGACCUAAAAAGAAGCCCAUUCCUGUUUUGUCCCUAGAAGAUGAAGAUUAGGGAUGUCAGGGCCAGGAACCCCCCCCCCCCGAGCCUCGGAUAACCCUUAAAGUGGGGGGACAGCCGGUGACCUUCCUGGUCGAUACGGGAGCUCAACAUUCAGUUUUAACUGAGGCAAAAGGACCCUUGAGCUCUAAAACGUCUUGGGUUCAGGGGGCAACUGGAGGCAAGUUAUAUCGAUGGACAACCGAAUGGAAGGUCCACCUGAGCACUGGGCAAGUAACGCAUUCCUUCUUACUGGUCCCAGACUGCCCUUACCCUCUCCUAGGCAGAGACCUUCUUUCAAAAGUAGGGGCCCAGAUACAUUUUCAGCAAAAAGGGGCCACUAUUACUGGCGCGGGAGGGCAGCCCCUCCAGGUACUGACCUUGCGCCUAGAGGAUGAACACCGGCUGCACGAGGACUCUCCACCGUCCGUGCAGCCCCUAGAUUCUGAAUGGCUCACUAACUACCCUCAGGCCUGGGUGGAAACGGCCGGAAUGGGACUAGCUGUAAACCAGCCGCCCAUAAUUAUAAACUUAAAACCCUCGGCCACCCCCAUAUCGAUCCGGCAAUAUUCAAUGAGCAAAGAGGCCAAAGAAGGCAUUCGGCCACAUAUACAGAGACUAUUACAAUUGGGCAUUUUAAUACCUUGCCAGUCGCCCUGGAAUACUCCUCUAUUACCCGUAAAAAAACCCGGCACAGGAGAUUACCGGCUGGUAUGAGAUUUACGAGAGGUUAACUGGAGGACAGAGGACAUACAUCCCACGGUGCCAAAUCCCUACAACUUGCUCAGCACCUUACCCCCAAGCCAUGUCUGGUAUACGGUGUUAGAUCUAAAAGAUGCAUUCUUUUGCCUAAGGUUAAGCUCUCAAAGUCAGCCUAUUUUUGCUUUUGAAUGGAAAGAUCCUGAGACGGGAUUCUCAGGACAACUCACUUGGACAAGGCUGCCGCAGGGAUUCAAAAACUCCCCCACUUUGUUCGAUGAGGCCUUGCAUCGGGAUUUGGCAGAUUUCCGAGUUGGCCAUCCGGACCUCGUCCUUCUGCAGUACGUGGAUGAUUUGCUCCUUGCAGCUAGGACAGAACAGGAUUGUGUAAAAGGUACGGGGGCCCUGCUUGAGAGACUGGGAGAACUGGGGUAUAGGGCCUCCGCCAAAAAGGCCCAAAUAGGCCAGAGACAAGUGACCUAUCUGGGAUAUCUCCUGGAAGGAGGCCAGAGGUGGCUGACGGAGAGCCGCAAAAAGGCUGUAGCCCUGAUCCCAGCACCCACUAAUGCCAAAGGACUACGAGAGUUCCUCGGCAGUGCUGGGUUCUGCCGCCUCUGGAUACCCGGGUUUGCGGAGAUGGCGGCUCCCCUAUAUCCUCUCACGAAAUCCAACACCCCCUACCACUGGGGAAAGGAGCAGCAAUUGGCUUUUGACAAAAUAAAAAGGGCCUUAUUGACCGCCCCUGCCCUGAGCCUCCCAGAUGUAACCAAGCCUUUUACGCUAUAUGUUGAUGAACAUAAUGGAAUAGCCAAAGGGGUCCUAACUCAAAAACUGGAACCCUGGAAGAGGCCCGUGGCAUACUUUUCAAAAAAAUUAGACAGCGUGGCUGCAGGAUGGCCCCCAUGUCUCCGAAUAAUAGCGGCUGUGGCAGUCCUGGUAAAAGACUCAGACAAGUUGACUUUUGGCCAACCCCUCACUGUGGUGGCCCCCCACGCCGUAGAGACAGUCAUCCGCCAGCCCCCUGAUCGAUGGCUCUCAAACGCCCGGGUCACCCAUUAUCAGGCCAUGUUACUGAAUUCUGAGCGGAUACAGUUUGGAACGGCUACAUCUCUAAACCCGGCCACCUUGCUUCCAGAAACCGAGUCCCCCUCCCUAGUAAUGCAUGAUUGCCACCAGAUCCUAGCUGAAGUCCAUGGCACCAGAGGGGACUUGACGGACCAGCCUUUGCCAGAUGCUGAAGCAACCUGGUUCACCGAUGGGAGUAGCUUUCUACGAAAUGGUGAGCGUAAAGCCGGGGGCGUGGUAGAUGGGAAAGCUGUCAUUUGGGCCAGUGCCUUAGAGCCUGGGACUUCAGCUCAAAGGGCAGAGCUUAUAGCCCUAACUCAGGCCCUAAGAAAGGCUAAGGACAAAAAGGUCAACAUUUAUACUGACAGCAGAUAUGCUUUUGCAACUGCCCAUGUUCAUGGAGAAAUAUACCGUAGAAGGGGUCUCCUAACCUCAGCAGGUAAAAACAUCAAAAACAGAGAAGAAAUACAAGAUCUUCUCCAUUCCCUCUUUCUGCCGAGAAAACUGAGUAUAAUUCACUGUCCUGGGCAUCAGCGAGGCAAUGACCCAGUAGCAGAGGGGAACAGGAUGGCCGAUGAGACAGCACGGGCCGCUGCACUAGGCCCACAGGCCCUCUCCCUACAAGUACCAGAGGCUGUCCGGACACCGGGGCAACUCUCUCUCGAGUACUCAGACAGCGACCUAGAUAUCGUCCAGCAAAUAGGGGCAAAAUAUGACGAGCAAAUGAAGGUCUGGAAACACCAAGGGAAGACGGUCCUGCCCCAGAAAAGGGCCAAAGAACUGGUGACUCACCUCCACCGAUGGACUCACCUCGGACACAAAAAAUUAAAAGCACUCCUCCGGAGAGAAGGUCAGACCUAUUACAUUCCCAAACUCCCCUCCCUGAUCCAACAGGUAACCGAUGCUUGUGUACCUUGUGCUAAGGUAAAUACCAAACACCUCAAGAUGCCUGAGGGAACCAGGAUGAGGGGAGAAAGACCCGGAACUAAUUGGGAAGUAGACUUCACCGAAAUCAAGCCAGGUAAAUAUGGUAACAAGUACCUCCUAGUGUUUAUAGAUACCUUUUCAGGCUGGACAGAAGCUUUCCCCACCAAGCGAGAAACCGCCCAGGUGGUUGUCAAGAAAAUCCUGGAAGAAAUUUUCCCCCGGUUUGGACUGCCCAAGGUAAUAGGGUCGGACAAUGGCCCCGCCUUCGUCUCCCAGGACAGGCUAAAGGCGCUCCAGAUUAUCCAGCACCAGAUCUGGAAACCCCUUGCGGCUGUCUACCGCCCCGGAGACACAACCGGCCCACACCCGUUCCAGAUCGGGGACUCCGUCUACGUCAGGAGACAUCAGUCCAGGACGCUUGAGCCCCGCUGGAAGGGCCCAUGUACUGUACUACUGACCACCCCAACCGCCUUAAAGGUAGACGGCAUUGCUGCUUGGGUCCACGCCUCACACGUCAAGCGCGCCCCAUCAACGAGCACCGCUGACGCCAGCCAGGACGGACCGGACGAGCCACUCCAAUGGAAGCUCCACCGCACCCAAAACCCGCUCAAGAUAAGACUUUCAAAAAUUGUUCAAUGACAGUUGUUAUAUUCCUACCUCUCCUAGCGCUCUUCACCUCCGCCAAAGGUGACCCUCAUGCCCUCAAAAGGUUAACCUGGCAGGUACUAACGUCUGGGGGUGACGAGGUCUGGUCUAUAACUAAGACCGCCCCCGUGGGAACCUGGUGGCCUAACCUAUAUCCUGACCUAUGCAAGCUAACCAUAGGGGCCCCUAGCCCAUGGGACCUAGAGGGAUACUUCGACACCUCUAGAGCCCCUAACCAAGAAAGCCCUCCAGGGCGACUGGGAUUAGACCCAUGGGGAGGAUGUGGCACGCCUGAAAGAAGGGCCAUGCUAAGCACUCUUCCCUUUUAUGUCUGUCCCGGGCACCACAGAGAUCGCAGGCUAAAUCCCACCUGUGGAGGAGGGGAAUAUUUCUAUUGUAAAAAUUGGGGGUGCGAAACUACUGGGGAUACAGAAUGGAGGCCCUCCUCCUCCUGGGAUUAUAUCACUGUCAAGGCUAACUAUACUCACCCGACAUUUAGCAAAUGGAAAACCCUUAAUUAUGGGCCCUGCCAAGGGUGGUGUCAUCCCCUACGGAUAUCCUUCACGGAGCCCGGAAAAAGGGCUACUUACUGGGCCAAUGGAUAUACGUGGGGACUCAGGUUAUACAAAGAAAGAACAGAUGAUGGUUUUAUAUU